UCUGUGUUUGUUUAGUGACUUUAGAGGAUCUUUAUGAACUCCGUGGCUUUCUUUCUGCACUUCCUGGCGCAGCUUUUCAUCCAGAAGCUGCUCAUUUAAACAGGAUGAUCAGAUGUUCUACAAGCGUCAUUAAAGUUCUGCUUCAUCUGAAUGAGAAAGUGUGAAUUCCUGCAGGAACUCUGGAUUUGAGCCAUGGGCCGGCUGGACGGGAAGGUGAUCGUGUUGUCUGCGGCUGCGCAGGGAAUCGGCCGAGCUGCUGCUCUGGCUUUUGCUAAAGAAGGAGCUCAGGUCAUUGCUACGGACAUCAAUGGAGAGAAACUGAGAGAACUGGAUGGAACUCCAGGAAUCAGGACGAAGGAACUCGAUGUGACUAAAAAGCAGCAGGUGGAAGCUCUGGCUGAAGAACUGGAGCGAGUUGAUGUGCUGUUUAACGUCGCAGGGUUUGUUCAUCAUGGUACGAUCCUGGACUGUGAGGAGUCGGACUGGGACUUUACCAUGAACCUGAACAUUCGCAGCAUGUACCUAAUGAUAAGAGCCUUCCUACCCAAGAUGUUGAGUCGCAGGUCGGGGAACAUCAUUAACAUGUCGUCUGUGGCGUCAAGUAUCAAAGGUGUAGUGAACAGGUGUGUGUACAGCACGUCUAAAGCGGCAGUGAUCGGACUCACCAAGUCUGUAGCUGCGGAUUUCCUCGAGCAGGGGAUUCGCUGUAACUGCAUCUGCCCUGGAACCGUAGACACUCCGUCACUCAGAGAGCGAAUCCAGGCCAGACCUAAUCCUGAACAGGCAUUUAAGGACUUCAUGGCGAGGCAGAAGAUCGGCAGGUUGUGCACUGCAGAGGAAGUGGCUCAUCUGUGUGUUUAUCUUGCCUCCGACGAGUCAAGUUAUGUGACCGGGGUUGAGCACAUCAUCGAUGGAGGAUGGAGUCUGUGAUUACACUGGUCUACAAGGAGAAAGCCUUGGAACUGAAAGUAGCUACAUGUUACCAGAAUUAGGUCACUAAUAAAGGAAAAUUAAGUCCUAAGUGUUAAUUGGCUCCAGUUUCCAAGAUAUAGCUUCAUUUCAAAAUUACAUCAAAAUAAUUCAAAAUUAUGAAGGGGGUGUACGAUUAUGCUCUAUAACUUUUCUGCAAAAUGUGAUAGUAAUGAGAGUGGUGCCACACCAAUAAUUAUAAAUUUAUCUUUUUAUUGAUACCAAUAAUUGCGUAACCCAGUAAAUGAAUGGAAAGUUUUCAUGAAACAUUUUCAUGCUUUUUUUCAUGAAAAACUGACCAAAUUGUGGCUAGGUUGGUCCCAUUGCUGUGUAGCUUCCCAGACUAUUAAGAUACAACCUCAAAAUUACACAGUUUUAAAGUUUACAAAAUAAGCUUGAUCCCUUUUGCAAUUGGGGGAACCAUGCAAAAAUAGCAAUCGCUACUGUGAUUGGUGGGUUCCCUCGACACCAUUGGGACUGUGAAAGGCAUAGACUUUUUUUCUUCUUGUUUAGCCAAUGAUGUAGAAAAGUUGCACAUGUAAUGCAGCAAUAACGAGGGGCCCAACUCUUGUCCUGAUCCCCUAUUUUGGAUCCAAAUAUACCGUAGGUGGUAUGCCUUUUUUACCACUGCCGUCAUACUGCACUUUUGAGAUGCAAAUGUAACAUUGCCACAAAUGUCGCAGAAGUCAUCUGCAUUGUUUAGACAGUUUCGAGGCAUCUUGGCUUCUGAGGGAAAACAUCACGUGACAUGGCAAUGACACUUUCACAAGCCACCAAAUGUUAACUGUAUGAUGCGUAGAUCUGGCCAAGACAAAUGUACUCUGCAAUAAAAGACCAAUAAAUUACAGUUAGGUGAUAAUCUUUAGUCUCAAAGUGAAGAUAAAUUUAUAAACUUUCAUGUGGUGCCAUUUUAAUUGUUUUACUGUACUUUGUUAAGAAUUUAUGAGGCAUCAUGAUCAGACAUCCCUCUCCCUUGUAGGCAAAUAUACUUGCCUGUGUAAAUCUUUACCGUGAUAUAUCUUGAAAACAUUCGCCAACCAGCACCUUAUCACCUUUUUUCGAAUUCAUCUAAUCAGAAAUAGGUAAGAAUUAGCACUUAUUAUCUCGGAGGUCAAUAAUUUCCUAAAAUUUGUAGACCUGUGAUUCUUUGACCCUGUGUUGGAGGAUGCUGUGAAAUUUACUGCAUUAUGGAGGAAAACAUCCAAACUGUAUGUGAUUUAAAACGUAUCAUGUUUCAUCUUGAGUUUGAUUAAAUCAUUAAUCAAAUAAGACCGAGGGUAAAGCUUUAAUGAUGGUUUAGUCUUGAGAUCAUUUUAUUUGCUUAUUGAUUUUUUUUAAUGAGUGCCAAUAAUUAUUCUUUCUCAUUUCAAAAGGAUCAAAAUAUCUCCCAGUCCUAAUGUGAUUACAAUAGUCUGAUUUACUGAUGAUGUUUCUAAUAAAUUUUAAAGAUUUAAA